AUGAACCUUGAUAAUGAACAAAUAGAUAUGUUGAAGGAUGAUCCCGAGUUCAAGGAAUACUAUGAAACCAUGGAAAGAAAGAAUGGAACUACGGAGGCUAUACCUUCCAUGAAGUUCCUAAGGAGAAAUGUAGAAGUAACCCAGAUUAUGCUUGGAGAUGAGUUGUUGAGCCUUCCUAAUAGGAUUUGGCUGUUUUCUGAUAAGAAUGUGGUGUACAUAUGUGAUCAAUGUCUGCUGCAGUAUUGGGAUUCCGUUUCUUUCGAUAAUCACAGAAAGGAUUGCUCCUCAGGUGCGCCAGGGAAGUAUGUAUACAUUGAUGAGAAAGAGGGCAUAUCUAUACUUGAGAUUGAUGGAAAAAAUGAAAGUGUUCUAUGUAGAAGAAUCUGUACAAUAGGAAAAGGCUUCAUACGAAGAAAAACCUUAUAUUUAGAUGUUGAUGGAUAUCUUUUCUACGUCCUAUUCUGUGGAGGGAAACUUGGUGGAUUCUUUAGUAAAGAAAAAGAAAGCACUGAGCAUAACCUCUCUUGUCUUUUAGUGUUACCUCCAUAUAGAUCUAAAGGAUAUGGGUCAUUGAUGAUAGAUCUAAGUUAUAUCCUAGGAACAGGAACCCCAGAAAAGCCUCUAAGCAAGGAGGGUCGUACUGUUUACAAAAAAUAUUGGAGAAACAAAGUGCUAAAUACGUUGAAAAAAGCUACUGAGCAAGAGAUGUCGAUAAAGGACAUAUCUGCCGAAUCAGGUCUUUCCAUAGACGAUACUAUUCACGGGCUGGAGCUCUUGGGUAUAAGCCCCGAGAGCCAUAUUUACGACGUAACUGACAAGGUUUCAGUACUAUCCAAAGAAUGCAAGAAAGACUGCUUGGUUCUUCAAGUUAAGAUUUAA